AUGUCGCUGGUCGUGCAGAUCACGCAGGUGGUCGGUCUGUACGUAUACUCCAACGAUUUUCAGAGGUUCGCUUUCCUGUCCGUGUUCGUGGUCGAUUCGCUCAUGUGCCUGUUCAAGGGCUACGCGCUGCUGGUGAACGCGGACAGGCUGUACAGUGGCCUGGAGCUAGGCGCGUACGCGUUCACGUUGUGCGGCCGCCGCGACACGUCCUGGAUGCGUCGACGCAAGCCAUUGCUCAGCGGUCUUCUACGCAUGUACGCCGCGGUCAGCUACAUAACCCUUACCAUCUGGCUGCUGGCCCCGUUGGUCGUGGGCGGUCACGUGUCGCUGACCCGCCUGGACGGCACUGUGGCCACGCAGCGCGCCAACAUCUUCAACAUGUGGGCCCCCGUGUCCGACGCUACAUACAACUCGACACCCGUCUGGUCGCUGUUCUACGCGAUCGAGAUAAUCUUUUGCAUCGUGGAUGUGACCAUUUGGGUGUGCUUUGACUGCUAUGCGAUGACCAUGUGCUACAUGCUCAUCGCGCAGUUCGACGCCAUGACAGCCGAAUACGAAACACUCGGUCGCCUCGUUCCCGAUGCGGAAAAAAACGAACCGAUACCGGAUCAUUACGAUGAAUUGAUCUGCAGCAUAAAAGAUAAUCAGAAAAUAAUCGAGUGA